CGGUUAGCACGGUGAAUCGAUCAGUCGUACCGGCACGUUUCUCAACGUCGGCUAUCAUGUCGAAUGAUCUGGACAUCGCGAGGUGUUUCGAGUUCGCAAAGGAGCUCACGCUGCAAGCUGGCAAGAUAAUCAAAUGUAGUGUCGAGGACGAAAAAGUUGUAUAUAACAAAGGAGAAUGGGAUUUCGUAACCAAUUUUGAUCAGAAAAUUGAGAAAUUUUUUAUUGACGGUCUAUCCAGAGAAUUUCCUGAUCACAAGAUUAUCGCGGAAGAAACGGUAACUGAGAUGCAGAAAAUGCCAGAAUUGACGAACGCGCCGACGUGGUUCCUCGAUCCAAUCGACGGAACCGUCAAUUUCAUACAUUCAUUACCUCAUAUCUGCAUAUCCUUAGGUUUAACAGUCUGCAAAGAGCUCGUUUUAGGCAUCAUCUAUAAUCCACUGAACUCAGAGCUGUACAGCGCGAUAAAAGGCAAAGGCGCUUUCCUGAAUGGAAAGCCGAUUCGCACUUCUAAAAUCAUUGAUCUGAAGAAAGCGAUGCUAGUGCUCGAUCCGUCACUUAUAAAAAUUAUAGAAAAGGACAAAGACAUAUUUUCGGCUAGGGUAGACGCCUUGAUCGAGGCGACGCAGGUGGUCAGGAAUUUUGGAUCAGCCGCACUAACCCUGGCAUACAUAGCGCGAGGUGCGACGGAUUGCUUGCACAUAGAUAACAUCCUUAAACCAUGGGAUGUGGCGGCAGGAACGCUGAUCGUACGCGAAGCAGGUGGAAUUGUUAUAAACACAAAAGGUGGUGCUUACGAUAUUAUGAAGCCGAAUACUAUUGCAGCGGCAAACGAAACUCUAGCACGAGAUAUGUCUAAAUUAAUCGUCGAUACUGAUUUAAAAACGCAAAGAAAAAGGCUUAAGAGAACCUGACGCAAGGCAAAAAUGACUCACGCUAAUUGAUUCAAGAGCCGAGUGUAAAGCAGAAGAAGGCGUGUUCCAGCAGCAAACGUACAUAUACCUAUUACGUGUAAAAUACAAGGAAAUUAAUUAUAAAAAUCGGUCUAAAAAAGUUUCCGUUAAAAAGUCCUAUUGACGCACUUACAGGUAUCGUACGAUUGCGUUAAUCAGUGUGCCAUCGCAAUGUUGUGAAAUGAGAAUUAGCAUAAUCAGUUUUCCUAUCGAUCAAUUUCCCCGUUGUGGUUACAAAAAUAAAAGUAAAACUAUUGCAAAGCGCAAUAUAUUAAAUUCAUUACGCGCCGCCUCACUCCAAAAGAGUGAAAAUAUUGCCACUCAAAUGACCGAGUAACAGUAUUUUUAAUCUUUUGGAGUGAGAUUCACUCCAGAAAAUUUAGAGAGUAGAUACUUUAAAUAAUUAUCACGCAACUACCAGAAUUUACAUUUAAAUUACUCUUGCAUUUAAUAAAACUUCUUUUAAUAGGUUUUUAAGAUACGUAUGUUAAGAUUUCUGAUUAGUAAAUUAACAAGAUUAUUAAUUACUGAUUUUUAAAUCAAUCAAUUAAUUAACUUAAUAUAUUAAUCGUUUUUAUCAAUUAAAUAUGUAAACAUUUUAAUAAUGAAUUAAAAGCUCAGUGAGUUUCUGUAUGCUAUCUACUUUGUAAGAGGUCGACAUUAGAAGAUAAGAUAAUAAAAUUAAUUAUUAAUGCCUUGAAAAAAA